GCCGGGCCGGCCUCUGUGCUGGCACAGGGUGUUCCCAGCCGUUCGGCCUCCGCUGAGCUGGGCUGGGGCUCGCGGCGCCCGGCGAGAUAACAGCCAGGGACGCUCCCCUCUGCCGGGCCGGGGGCUGCGGGGUGGGAGCCAGGGGCUAGCAGGGGACCCUGCGAUAUGAGGCCUGGUCGGAAAGGGCUGGCGGGAGGCCUCCGGUCAGGCCCUGCCGCGUGUUCGCUGCCUGGGACGUGAACUUGGCGAGACCGGGGGGUUGCAAAACCACAAACGCUCCUACGAGGGGCCAGGCACCGGCCGCUCGUGUAAACCCCCCCCCCCCCGAGGGAUCGUGCCAGGACCCCCCCGCUACCGAGCUACGGUGCGGACGCCCUCUGCACCCUCGGAGAGAUAAGCUCUGGGGGACGGGGGCGGAUGAGAUGUUUGGAGCAACCCGACCGUACAAGGCACAGGGUGGUGAUUGACCCCGGCAGUGGGGCAGCAGGGGUCUGCAUGGCCGCGCACGAGAGCAGCUACAACACCCAGGCCACCAACUACAACAGCUGGGACGGCAGCACCGACUUCGGCAUCUUCCAGAUCAACAGCCGCUACUGGUGCCAGAACGGGGACGAGUACAGCUCCAACAUCUGCCAAAUUCCCUGCAGCGACUUGCUGAGCAACAACCUCUCAGCGGACGUUGAAUGCGCGAAGAUCAUUGCCCAGGACUCCAACGGCAUGAGCGCCUGGGUGGCCUGGACGUCGUACUGCCAAGGCCAGGAUCUGUGGCAGUACGUAGAAGGAUGCGGCGUGUGAGAGCUGCCCCGGGAUCGGGCUCCGUCCCGCCCCCGAGUUCUCCGGACCCCGUCUUGCCGCCUUCCCUCAGACCUUUCCAAAUGGAAUCACCCCCCGAAUCCGAGACCCAGCGUUCAGCUGCUCAGCCUCCUGGACCAUCGCACCAGGGGA